GUUUUUUUGCGCAUGCAAACGGACACUCACAUCACAUGCUCUUCUUGUGAAGUUGGGAUUUCUUAUUUUCUAUUCACACUUUGUCUUUCAUUUUCUCCGCCCCUCACUCCCUUUUCUCUCACAUCCAAACGACGUCGUUUCCACUUCCGCCAAAGCUUGCAGCUAUGGAUUUGGCAUCCAAUCUCGGUGGCAAAAUCGACAAAGCCGAAGUCCUCUCCGCCGUUCAGAAGUACGAGAAGUAUCAUGUUUGUUAUGGAGGUCAAGAGGAAGAGAGGAAAGCUAACUACAGUGAUAUGGUUAACAAAUACUAUGAUCUUGUUACCAGCUUUUAUGAGUUUGGCUGGGGGGAGUCUUUCCAUUUUGCACCCAGAUGGAAGGGGGAAUCUCUUCGGGAGAGCAUCAAGCGACAUGAGCACUUCCUUGCUUUACAACUUGGACUGAAGCCAGGGCAGAAGGUUUUGGAUGUUGGAUGUGGAAUUGGGGGACCAUUAAGAGAAAUUUCUCGAUUCAGCUCAACCUCAGUUACAGGGUUGAAUAACAAUGAGUACCAGAUAACAAGAGGAAAGGAACUCAAUCGCAUUGCUGGAGUGGACAAGACUUGCAACUUUGUCAAGGCUGACUUCAUGAAAAUGCCAUUCCCAGACAACAGUUUUGAUGCAAUAUAUGCUAUUGAAGCCACCUGUCAUGCACCAGAUGCGUAUGGAUGCUAUAAAGAAAUUUUCAGAGUGUUAAAGCCUGGUCAAUAUUUUGCUGCUUAUGAAUGGUGCAUGACCGAUUCUUUUGAUCCUGAAAACCCAGUACACCAAAAAAUCAAGGCAGAAGUUGAGAUUGGUGAUGGGCUUCCUGACAUUAGAUCGAGCACUAAGUGUCUUGCAGCUCUGAAGCAAGCAGGUUUUGAGGUCAUAUGGGAGAAAGAUCUGGCAGAGGACUCUCCUCUUCCUUGGUACUUGCCUUUGGACAAAAAUCAUUUCUCACUGAGUAGCUUCCGUCUAACUGCUGUUGGACGACUUUUCACCAAAAACAUGGUCAAGGUUCUGGAGUAUGUUGGACUGGCUCCAAAGGGUAGUCUAAGGGUUCAAGAUUUCCUAGAGAAGGCGGCAGAGGGACUAGUUGAAGGAGGAAAGAAAGAAAUUUUCACACCAAUGUACUUCUUCUUGGUACGGAAGCCUGAUUCAGACAGUAACUAAACUGGUUGCACAAUAAGGUUGCUGUUGUCAUCAGCUAUUAUGAUUCUGGUAGGGUGAAAGUGAAUCCUAACUCAUAAGUUAGGAUUGUUUCUGGCUUUCCCGUAGUUUUUAUGUUUGGAGUUGCUUGUUUUGUUUAGGUAACCAAACCUUCACUUUGGUGCUUGUUCGGUGAAGCAGUGCAUUUCCUGCAUAUUUUGUUUAUCUUUUAUUCUGCAUAUUAGUAGUUCUUUUACUGUCUAAAAUUAUAUUAGCAGUUCUUUUACUGUCUAAAAUUAAAGGUUUAAUUGCAUUUUUCUUCUUUCUAUA